AUGAGGACAUUGCAGAUCCAGGUGAGCCGAGACGAUGAUGCGGGGGAGUACGAGUGCAAGGCCUCCAACAGCCACGGAUCCACCUUCUCCUACCCGGCCAAGCUCUACGUGAAAGAGCGUCGGGUGCCCCCGAUGUUCUCGUUCGAGUUCGACGCGUCCUACGAGGUGACGCCGGGGCAGGACCUGAACGUGACGUGCGUGGCCUCGGGCUCCCCCAUGCCGGCCGUGGAGUGGAUCCAGAAGGGGCAGUCCCUCCCGGAUGAGGACUUCUCCUCCUCCCCGAUCGGACGGAACAUCCUCCAGCUGAAGAACAUCCAGGAGUCGGCGAACUACACGUGCGUGGCUGUGAGCAAGCUGGGGAAGAUCGAGAGGACGAUGGCCGUGGUCGUGCAGGCGCUGCCGCUGGCCCCCGUGAACGUGAGCGCGAGCGAGGUGACGGCGUCGUCGUUGAGGCUGGACUGGGCGUAUCCGACGGGGCCGGCCGCGGCCGCGGACGACAGCGACAUCAAGUACUACGUGAUACAGUACAAGCCGAGGGGGGCGAGGCAGGACCUGUCGGAGAUCUCCGGGGUGGUGACGCGGUACUACACGGUGCGGCAGCUGAGUCCGUACACGGAGUACGAGUUCUACGUGCUGGCCGUGAAUCACCUGGGACGUGGACCGGUGUCGCAGCCGGCCUUUGCGACGACGGGGGAGACCGAGCCGGGAUCGGCCCCGCGGAACGUGAAGGCCCGGCCCCUGAGUUCGACGACGCUGGUAAUCCAGUGGGAGGAGCCGGAGCAGCCGAACGGACAAGUCACGGCAUACAAGGUGUACUACACGAACAACCCCUCUCUGGGGACCGGGGCGUGGUCGAGUCAGCAGGUGGACCGGAGCAUCCUGACCACCGUGUCCGGGUUGACGCCGCUGACGGUCUACACGGUGCGGGUGCAGGCGUACACCUCGGUGGGGCCGGGCCCGCUCUCGCCGCCGGUGCAGGUCAAGACUCAGCACGGAGUUCCAUCUCAGCCGAACAACCUGCGAGUGGUGGAUCGGACUCCGACGACCAUCACUCUCAAGUGGGACCGGCCGGACCACGCCCAGGAGUCCAUCAUCAGCUACGAGUUGUAUUGGAACGACACCUAUUCGAAGGAAGUCCAUCGCAGAAGCAUUCCGGUCGUGGAAGAGUACCUCCUCACCAGCCUUUAUCCAAACAAUCAGUACUUCAUUUGGCUCGCUGCGAAAAGCAAGAGGGGCGAAGGUGCAUCCACUCCUCCCAUGCUGGUCUCCACACAGGAGUACGUACCCGGAGCCCCUCCGCAACACGUGCGGGUGAUGCCGGAAGACUCCCGCUCCCUGCGUGUGACGUGGGAACCCCCUCCGGCCCGCAAGGCCAACGGGGAGAUCAUCUAUUACAAGAUCCGCUACGUCCAGUCCUCGCUGUCGGAUUCUGACGCCGUAGAGAUCAAGAUCCCUAACCCAGAUGCUCGGUCUUGGAUCCUGGAAGAAUUGUAUAAAUGGACCGAGUACAAGAUCUGGGUGCUUGCUGGGACUAUUGUGGGGGAUGGUCCCCCCUCAGAACCCAUCCUGCGUAGGACUGACGAAGAUGUGCCGGGGGAGCCACGUGACAUGAAGGUUCAGGUGGUGAACUCCACGUCUGUCUCUGUGGAAUGGAAGCCUCCUGAGCAAAAGGAGCAGCAUGGGGUCAUUGUUGGCUAUCAGAUCUACAUUCAGGAGACUGAUAAUGGCGAGAAGCUCCUUGGGGAGCCACUUUUCUACAUUGUUCAAAAUGGAUCUGCUCUGACUUACCUUGUCAUGGAUCUUCAGCCGGAUUCAAAGUAUCAGGUUCAGGUGGCAGCCAUGACACGAAAGGGUGAUGGGACACGAACCUCUCCUAUUGUUGUCAAGACUCCUGGAGGGGUUCCCUCAAGACCCACUCUCCAGAUUAGGCUAUUAGAAGGAGAGACUCAUGGAGUAGCCAUUGAAGCAACAUGGGUCAGUCCAUCACGGCCAUUUGGGAAGAUUCAGGGGUGGCGCCUACGUUAUGGAAAACGACCCAAUUCCCACCUGAAUCUUCCUCGCAAUGAGCAGGAGAAGAUUGACAUGAAAGAGAUAGUCUUGAAUGAUCCAAUGAAGAACCAAUACACUAUUCAAGACCUUGAGAAGGGAUUUGAGUACGAAUUCCGACUGGCUGGCCGCAAUGAGGUUGGAUACGGUCAGGAGGCAGUAGCCUAUAUCACAACACCCGAGGGACCUCCUACUGGGCCCCCCACAAAUUUAUCCUUUCACUUCAUCACUCCGGAUAUUAUCGUGAUCACUUGGGAUGACCCGCAGGCCCCCCAUCGCAAUGGCCGCAUUGUUGGAUACACCCUUCAGUUCCAUAAGAAAAGAGAUGAUUACCUCAUCUUGGAGAGAAAUAUAUCCACCCCAAAGUUGGUGAUGAAAGGGUUGGAAGAGGACACUUCGUACUACUUCCGGAUCCGUGCCUACACCAGCAAAGGUGCUGGUCCUUUUUCGGAGAAAAUGCCUGUCACAACCAUUGAAGAGAUUGUCCGUGCUCCCCUUAAUGUUCGUGCCAUGGCUACUUCAGACAAUUCCUUAGAAGUCUGGUGGGAAGAAGUUCCAGGGCGGGAACGUAUCAUUGGAUACAGGAUCUACUAUACCAUGGCUGCUACUGAGGAUCUGGAUUUGUGGCUCCAUAAAGAUAUCCCAAGCACAUCUUCAGCAGAAUUGCAAAACCUGGAACGCAUGGCCAUGUAUUCCAUACAAGUUUCUGCCCGCACCAAAGAGGGGGACUUGGGUAAGCUCUCAGAGAUGAUACUGGUGAAGGUGAAGCCAGAAGAUGUCCCUAUGAAUUUGAGAGCUGAUGGCGUGUCCACACACAGCAUGACCCUCCGAUGGGAGGUUCCACGUGUUCUCAAUCCCGUCAAAUAUAAGAUUUCAUUUGAUGCUGUGAAAGAGUAUGUGGACAAUAAUGGAGUGACACAGAGGCAGGUAAUCCAACCUCGUGUCAUCUUUGUUGAACGUAUCAAGAACUCCUGUCAAUUAGAGAAGCUCAUCCCCUUCACAACUUACAUGGUGAAUGUGAGUGCUGUGCCACCUGAUGAGGGCUACCGUCCUCCAGCUCACAUCCUUGUCACGACACAGAUGGCCGUGCAUUCUGUCAUCAUGUCAUAUGAUGGUUUCACAGCCCCUAAACCCCUUGCACGGCCUGACUUCUAUGGUGUCACGGAAUCGUCCACCAUCAUGGUUGCUGUGCCCCAGGCUUCUGAGGAAUUUGGACCCAUAUCGCACUACUUUCUAGUUGUGGUGCCUGAGAGCAAGUCAGCUGAUCCUGUCAAUCCAGAUGCCUAUCAUAUUUCAGAUGAUGCUGUGGGACGGAAAGGAGUGGAUCUCUUGAGCAGUCCCUUCAACAACCUUCUUCCUGAGGAUCAGCCAUAUGUUGCUGCCAAGUUUAUUGGACGGGAUAUUCCUUACAUCUUUAACCUGGGAGACAAUCAGACCUACAAUGGACACCACAACAGACUGUUAUCGAUGGAUAAACGUUACCAGAUCUUUGUUCGUGCCUAUGUUGCCACUCCCACAAAAUCAAACCUGUUUGGGACAAGCCACAUGUCGAGGUUUCUGUCCUUGGACAUGAGCAAAAUUCCCCCUGGUCCCAGACCGAGUGAACGUCCGGUCCCCACUUCAGGCAACCACAACUCAGAAGUGACAGCUCAACGAUCGGCCAAGAAGGGGGAACUGAUGUGGAUAGUUGGCCCUGUGAUCGCUGCCUUACUCCUUGUAUUGUGUGUGGUGUUUUUCGUCUACGUGCGGCGGAGGAGAACCCUGCCCAAGGGUCAAGAAGCUGCAGCUGUGAUCAAGCCGUUGAUCUCCUCUGAGGUCCCAACGAUUGGUGCCCCAUCAGAUCCAGUUGAACUCAGACGGAUGCAUUUCCAGACACCUGGCAUGGCUAAUCAUCCUCCAAUUCCAUUGACAGAACUUGCCAAUCAUAUCGAUCGCUUGAAAGCCUGCGAUAAUCACCUGUUCACACAGGAAUAUGAGUCCAUUGAGACAGGGCAGCAGUUCACUUGGGAAAACUCCAACCUUGAGGUGAACAAACCCAAGAACCGUUAUGCAAAUGUAAUCUCCUAUGAUCACUCCCGUGUCAUCCUCCAACCUUUCGAUGGAAUACCAGGCUCUGACUAUAUCAAUGCCAACUAUUGUGAUGGCUAUAGAAGACAGAAUGCAUACAUUGCCACUCAGGGGCCUUUGCCAGAGACGUUUGGAGACUUUUGGCGAAUGAUCUGGGAACAAGGAACGGCCACAAUUGUGAUGAUGACAAAGUUGGAGGAGCGGGCACGCAUCAAAUGUGAUCUGUACUGGCCACCACGAGAGGGGUCAUCUGAAACAUAUGGCUUCAUUUCAGUCACUACACUGGAGAUCUGUGAGAUGGCCACCUACACCAUUCGCACCUUCUGCCUCCGAAAGGUGCUGACAGGGGAAGAGAGGGAGGUGCGGCACUUUCAAUUCACAGCAUGGCCAGACCAUGGUGUUCCUGACCAUCCUGCCCCAUUUCUUCAAUUCCUGCGACGAGUGAGAAACCUGAACCCUCCCACUUCUGGGCCCGUCAUUGUUCAUUGCAGUGCCGGAGUGGGAAGAACUGGGGCAUACAUUGUGAUUGAUGCCAUGUUAGAACGCAUGAAGAACGAGAACUCUGUUGACGUCUAUGGCCAUGUGACUUGCCUCAGAGCCCAGAGAAACUACAUGGUCCAGACGGAGGACCAGUACAUCUUCAUUCAUGAUGCCGUGCUGGAAGCGGUUGUCUGUGGAAGCACUGAGGUCCAUGCACGCAACUUGCAGGCUCAUGUUCAGUCCUUGCUCUCUCCCGACCCAGGAGACAAUGUGACUCCCAUGGAAAUGGAAUUCCGGCGGUUAUCAACCUUAAAGUCUCAGGCAUCCCGAUUUGUCAGUGCCACACUGCCUUGCAACAAGCACAAGAACCGACUGGUGAAUAUCCUCCCAUACGAAUCCACUAGAGUCGGCCUGUCACCCAUCCGAGGGCAAGAGGGCUCUGACUACAUCAAUGCCAGCUUCAUUGAUGGAUAUAGAUAUCGCAAUGCUUACAUUGCCACCCAAGGUCCAUUGCCUGAUACAGUUGAAGAUUUUUGGAGGAUGCUUUGGGAACACAAUUCCACAAUCAUUGUCAUGUUGACCAAACUGAGGGAGAUGGGACGAGAGAAAUGCCACCCUUAUUGGCCCAAUGAGCGGUCAGCCAGAUACCUAUACUAUGUGGUUGACCCUAUUGCUGAGUACAAUAUGCCACAGUAUAUACUGAGAGAGUUCAAAGUGACAGAUGCAAGGGAUGGUCAAACACGCACCGUGAGACAGUUUCAGUUCAUUGACUGGCCAGAGCAGGGUGUUCCUAAAGUUGGAGAAGGGUUCAUUGACUUCAUUGGCCAAGUUCACAAGACUAAGGAGCAGUUUGGACAGGAAGGACCAAUCACAGUGCACUGCAGUGCAGGCGUUGGAAAGACUGGGGUCUUCAUCACACUCAGCAUCGUCUUGGAGCGCAUGCAGUACGAGGGUGUCAUAGAUCUCUUCCAGACGGUGCGCAUCUUACGGACGCAGCGACCCGCCAUGGUCCAAACUGAGGCUUCCACAUUUCGUCUCAUUAAUGUGAGCCCACCUCUUGUGCAUGAAAUCACUUGCAUGGCAGUGGAUGCUCAGCACAUCUUCACUGCAACUGGAAAUGUGGUUUAUGCUUGGAGGCAUGGACAUGUGGUUGCACAUGAAUACAAAGGCCACUCAAGAACUGUCCAUCUGCUGCUUCCUUUUGGCCUCCACCUUGUCACAAUUGAUGAGGACAGUGUCUUCAACCUGUGGGAUAUUCAGUCACAAGAUGUGGUGUUGGAGUUGGAGUUCAAUAAUGAGCACUUCCAGAUCACUGCCAUUGCUCAUCCAAGCACAUACAUCAACAAAGUCCUGCUUGGGAGUCGGCAAGGUCGCCUGCAGCUCUGGAAUAUCAACAAGGGCCAGCUCAUUUACACUUUCAGUGGAUGGGAUUCACCUGUGCUCGUUCUUGAACAGGCUCCUGCUGUGGAUGUACUGGGAAUUGGACUUGAGAGUGGAGAGAUCAUCAUUCACAACCUCAAGUUUGAUGCCACCCUGAUGAAGUUCUUUCAGGACUGGGGACCCGUGACUGCACUGGCCUUUCGAUCGGAUGGUCAGCCGAUACUCGCUUCUGCCUCUGAUGCUGGACAUGUUGCUUUUUGGAAUCUUGAGGAGAAGAAGCUGAUGAAUGAGACCAGAAAUGCACACUCAAAGUCAGUGGCUGGCCUAAAAUUUUUGCCUGAUGAACCUCUUCUGGUUUCUUCCUCUCCUGACAACACACUGAAGUUGUGGACAUUUGACACACCUGAUGGAAGUGCGAGGCAGCUACGUGUGGCCGAGGGUCACGAGGCCCCGCCUACGUUCAUUCGCUUCUAUGACCCGCAAGGAAAGAGCAUACUCAGCGCCAGCCAGGAUGCUACCCUCCGUCUCUUCUACACCUGGGAACGGGCUUCUGGAAAGAGUCUCGGAAAGGCAUCGAUCAACCGCAAGGCCUCCAAGCGCAUCCGCAAUCACAGGCACGAUCCCAAUCUGAUGCCUCCUGUCGUCUGUUUUGCCGCCGAAGUCACUCGGGAAAAGGAAUGGGACAACGUGGUGGCUUGCCAUAACAAGCUCAUCAAGGCCACCACCUGGUCGACCUACAAUUAUCGCAUGGGCAGUCACAAGUUGAUCCAUGAAAGAUUCAAGACUCAACCUGUUCUCAAAACAGCCUCUGCCCUUAGUGUGGCUUUGAGUGCAUGUGGGAACUUUGCCUUCGUGGGGUAUGACACCGGGCAUGUGGACAAGUUCAACAUACAGUCAGGCCUAUGGAGAGGUUCAUUUGGCGAUGGAGAGGGCAAAAGAGCCCAUGACGGUGCCAUUCGUGGCCUUGCAGCCGAUGCCGUCAAUACCGUCGUCCUCUCUGGCGGAAGCGAUGCAAAACUCAGGUUCUGGGACUUCCGUGCAUGUAACAUGAAGCAUGAAAUUUUGCUCAAGGCUGGGAUCUCCACGAUGGUGCUCCAUCGAGAAAGCAAUCUGCUGGCUUGUGCCUUAGAUGACUUCAGCAUCCAUAUAGUGGAUGUAGAUUCUCGUCAGGUUGCACGUCGCCUACUGGGCCACACGAACAGGAUCACAGACCUGACCUUUUCACCCGACGGGCGAUGGGUGGUCUCGGCAGCCAUGGAUACCACUCUUCGCACUUGGGACAUCGUCUCUGGCUUUGGACUGGACUGCUUUUCUGUGCCUUCAGCCUGUACGUCUGUGAGCUUCUCUCCUACUGGAGAAUUUCUUGCCACAACCCACAUAGACUACCUGGGGGUGUUCCUGUGGGUCAAUCGUACGGCUUACAAUCUGAUGUCCCUCCCUCCUCUUCCCAAAGACUUCCAACCCAAGGAUUGCCCCCUACCAGGCUCUGCUCCUGCUCCUCAACAUUCAAUUGAGGAAGAAGAUGAAUUGCCAAAAAUAGAGGAAUUCCAAUCUCCAGAGCAAAUAUCAGAAGAUCUGGUCACUCUCUCAUCUCUCCCAUCCAGCCGCUGGGCCAACCUUCUCAACUUGGACAUCAUCAAGCAAAGGAACAAGCCAAAAGAACCACCAAAAGUCCCUAAAUUGGCUCCAUUCUUCCUCCCAACUGUUGUCGACCUUAAUCCUCGAUUUGCUAUCCCUGAAGCCCCAGGGAAUAUACCAUCUUCAUCUACUGUGGGAAGUCGGGUCCUCACCAGUGAUGACCCUACGUCUUUGACUGAGUUUGGGAAGAUACUGAAAGAUUCCAUUCACACCAAAGACUACGUGAAUUCCUCAAGGGGAAAUGCUCACCCUCUGCUCUUCACAUCCAUGGAGGCUCUCGCCACAACCAUCCUGGGUGACUGGCUAACAGGGAACAAGACGGGGUCGGACGAAGUGGUGCUAGCUCGCCUUCAUGACCUUGGUCCAUCAGCGGUAGAGUUGGAGAUGCGAGCUCUUGGCCCUGAUGGUGGGGGAAGCAUUGAACUUGUUUUACAGAUGAUGAGAGCUCUGCAUUGUGGUCUCAAAUCUCUGAGGGACUUUGAACUCUGCCAAGCCUAUCUGGGACUCUUUCUCAAGAUUCACAGGGAGCUCAUAGCAGAGGAUGAGAAACUUGCAGAGUACCUGAGCGAACUCGGAGGCAGCCAGGAGACGACUUGGGAGCAAGUCGCCGAGAAGCUCGACUCGAGCCUACGCGCUGCCACACCUCUGGGAGACGUCUGA